UCUGGGCCAUAUACGGCCAAAUCAAAUGGAAGUGGCCAAAUUAUAUACACAUAACGCUCUGUCCAAAAUACAUAAAACACCCUAUAGGUAAUUGUUCUGACACCUAUACUUAUAUACUACUUCCUUCGCUAAUUUACUAUAGAUUCCUAACGACUACUGGUGGAGAAGGCCGAAAAAGAAUAUGUAUCCUGUAGGGCAUCAUAUCUGUUGUUACGGGCAGCAUUUGUGCAUGCAGCAAGGACCGGCGGCGGCAACAAUCGCAACCCCGACUUUCUACCACGGAGGUAUGCCACAGCCACCGUAUGGCAUGGCCCCACCAAUGCUACAGAUGGCACCACCGGUAUGGCAGAUGACACCACCGGUAGUGCAACUGCCCCCACCUGUGCAAGGCGUUUGGCGUUUCCCAUCAGCACCAGGCAAAGGUCAUGCCAGAGGUGCACAAAACCAAGGUAGACGACGCCGCAGACGUCGACCGUCACCAGGUCGGCGCCAGUGGCAACACCAUAAUCAGCGGCAGUCGCAAAGAGAAAGCUGGUCUUCUACAAGGGACUCCCCACGGCCACUCGAGGGUCCACCGCCUCGAUCCAAGUGGAUGAAAAACGGAAGUCAGAGCGAUGUGGAAACCCCACGGCCACCGCAGAUUGAGAGGACAUCAGAUGAAACUCUGGUGGUGUCUGCACCACUGCCCGCCACCUGCGGUCCCAGCACAUCAGGCGGAGCUUGAACAAUGAAAAAAAACUUGUUUUUGUAAAAUAAAUGAUUUUGAAUUUAAAA